GACGAAGGCAGCCACACCACUUCAUUUUCUCAAAAUGUUGAGUUUCACCAAAAACGAAACAAUGGCUCCUUUGGUGUACGCUUCCACUUUGAUAAUGCUAGUGUUCUUUCUCAUCAAACUCUACUACUUUACUCGACCUUCAACCAAGAGAAACCUACCACCUUCACCACCAAAACUACCGGUGAUCGGUAACCUCCAUCAGAUCAGCCCACUCCUCCAUCGCUCCCUCCAUUCGUUAUCCCAACUCCACGGUGGUCCACUCAUGCUCAUCCACAUGGGCUGCAUCCCAACCCUGGUGGUAUCAUCAGCCAAAGCAGCCUCCGAGAUAAUGAAAACCCAAGAUCUCAUAUUUGCCAACAGACCCGAAGUGAAAAUGUGGCGGAAACUGCUCUACGACCUGAAAGAGGUCUCGGUAGCACCUUAUGGCGAGUACUGGAGGCAAGUCAAGAGCAUAAUGGUUCUCCAUUUCUUGAGCAACAAAAGGGUGGAAUCUAGUAGUGAAGUGAGGGAUGAAGAGAUCGCCUUUGUUGUUAAUAAAAUCAAGAAAUCUGGUGACCAGGUGGUGGAUUUGAGUGAUAUGUUUGUGAUGCUUACGAAUGAUGUGGUCUGUAGGUUGACGUUUGGAAGGAAGUAUAGCGAGGGAGAGAGCGGGAGGAAGUUUAAGAAUAUGCUGAGGCAGUUUUUCGAGAUAUUGGGAGGUCUUAAUUUGGAGGAUUUUAUUCCUCAGCUUGCAUGGGUGGAUCGAUUGAGAGGACUGAAUGCUAAAGUCGAGAGGAUGGCGAGAGAGGUGGAUGAGUUCUUGGACGGUGUGGUGGAGGAAGGGCUGAAGAAAGGGUCGGCAGCUGGUGGUGGUGGUGGUGAAGACUUCGUUGAUAUACUACUUAAGAUUCAGAAGGAUGAUAACAUAGGCGUUACUAUCGACAGACUUGCAAUUAAAGCACUCCUAUUGGAUGCAUAUACCGCUGGAACAGAUACAACAGCAACAGUAUUAGAAUGGACAUUUACAGAACUUCUAAAACAUCCAAAGAUUCUCAAGAAACUUCAGGAUGAAGUAAGGAUGGUUCUUAAAGGCAAGUCAAAGAUAAACGAUGAUGAUAUCGACAACAUGAAGUACUUAAAAGCUGUGUUUAAAGAAACUCUUCGGCUUCAUCCUCCAAUCCCAACCUUAAUUCCUCGUGUUGCCAGCCAAGAUGUGAAAGUCAUGGGCUACGAUGUCAUGAAAGGAACUAGGGUAAUCAUUAAUGCAUGGGCCAUUGCAAGAGACACUAAAGUGUGGGAUGAACCCGAUGAGUUUAAACCUGAGAGAUUUUUGGAUUGUUCAAUUGAUUACAAAGGUCUUGACUUUGAUUUGAUCCCAUUUGGGGCUGGAAGGAGGGGGUGUCCUGGGAUUGCAUUUGCAAUGGCUACAAAUGAGAAUGUGUUGGCCAAUCUUUUGCUCAAGUUUGACUGGGAGUUACCGAAUGGGAAGGAAGAGGAUCUAGAUAUGACUGAACGACCAGGCCUUACUAUUCGUAAGAAUACUCCGCUUUUGGCUGUAGCAACACCUUUCACUUCAUAACUUAUAUAUGUCUAGUGUUGCUAUGCAUUUCUGUUUUAGGUCGAGUAGCUACGGGUUAACUAUGUUUAUGUAUGCGGUCUUGCAGAAUGUAUGUUUGUAUUUACAUAUAUAUCUUUGCUGCAUAUGGUAACACAACACAUGCAGAUUGUAUCUAAUAAUUGUUUAUCAGACGAUUGUGUGACAGUUUGAAUGUUUGAUG